AUGGAGACUUUUGAACCUCUUUGUUCCUCGUUCCAGAAAACGAUCCGGGAAGUCGAUUACGGCGAUUCGUUUAUCAAAAUCAAAGCAGGGUCUCUCUAUGGUCUUCCCAUUGUUAUUGAAAGCCCUAAAACUGUAAUUUAUUGGUGUUUUCGUCCAGUCUACUAUGAUAUUGAUUUCCAAAUCACCAGGGAGUCAAAAAACAAUCAACUAGAUGAUAUCCUCCCACUAGCUCACUAUCCGGGAAAUACUGCAUCGGAAGGUAAACAAAUUGCGGAAGAGCCGGGUGUAUACUAUCUUGUGUGGGAUAACCGCAUGUCUUGGCUCCGAGAGAAGACUGUUGUCUACUCGGUGAAAUUAGUGCUUCCUGAUAAUGGAAUGAAGGAUAAAAUUGAAUGUGCUUCCUGUGAUAACUGGACGCGUGUUGUAGAAGACGCAGAGAAUGAACUCUUCGCAAUCAAAGCAUUCUACGCUCAGCGAAACGCAAAGAAGGAAUCGCUUGCACACGAAAUCCUCGAAAUCGAGAAGGACCAAGCGGCUUGUGAGGAGGAAAUCGCGUUGCUGAAGCAAAAGAUCAAAGCAGAGCGCGAGUACAUUCAGGAGAUUAAAGCGAUGUCUGGCUUUUUGGUGGAGGAUCAGCGCAUAUUUUCCAUAGCGAAUGUGAAUCGCUAUCUGAAUCGAUUGAUUCAUCAGGAUUCAGUUUGGCAGAGAUUGUUCCGCGAAGAUAACUCGCGAAAUUUGACGAUUGUGUUGCAGAAUGAAUGGCUACGUGAGGAGUGGAAGAAAGUCUAUCCCGAUAUGCCCAUUCCCAAUUCAAGUGUUUGUUAG